CCGGCGUGCGCAGCGCCCGCAGCCCCGGCCGGCCGCCCCCCGCCGCCCCCGGCCAUGCGCGGGGCGCGCAGCCCAGGGACGCCGCGGGGGUGAUGCCAGAAGGAGCCCGGCAUGCCGUACCUGGACCGACAGAACCGUAUCUGCGGGUUCCUGGACAUUGAAGAAAAUGAGACCUGCGGCAAGUUUCUGCGGAGGUAUUUCAUCCUGGACACCCAGGCCAACCACCUCCUGUGGUACAUGGACAAUCCUCAGAACCUGGCCAUUGGAGCAGGUGCUGUGGGAUCUCUGCAGCUGACCUAUAUCUCCAAGGUUAGCAUUGCCACCCCGAAACAGAAGCCUAAAACUCCGUUCUGCUUUGUCAUCAACGCUCUAUCCCAGCGCUAUUUCUUGCAAGCCAGUGACCAAAAGGACCUGCAGGACUGGGUGGAGGCACUGAACAGGGCCAGUAAGAUCACGGUGCCAAAGGGAGGCAGCGUCCCACCGGCCACGGAAAUCACGAAGCCUCCGGUGGUGCCCCAGGCCCAGGAGAGGAAGCCCCAGGUGGCCUACAAAACAGAGAUUGUUGGGGGGGUAGUGGUCCACACACCCAUCUCCAUCAACCAGGACGGGGAGGGCGGCGAGGCGGGCGCGCACCCGCUGCUGCGGCGCUCGCAGAGCUACAUCCCCCCCUCGGCCACCAAGCCGCCCGCCGGGCCAGCCCCGCUCAAGAGCGGCUUCUGCGUCAAGCAGGGCAACGUGAGGAAGAGCUGGAAGCGGCGGUACUUUGUUCUGGAUGAGUUUUCCAUCAGCUACUACAAGUGUGAGCAGGACAAGGAGCCUUUGCGUUCGAUUCUCUUGAAAGAUGUUUGCAAGACCCACGAGUGCCUGGUCAAGUCUGGCGACCUCCUGAUGCGAGACAACCUCUUUGAAAUCAUAACGAGCUCCAGGACCUUCUACAUCCAGGCAGACAGCCCCGAGGAGAUGCACAGCUGGAUCCGGGCAAUCACGGGGGCAGUGCAGGCCCUGAAAACCCGCCCCAGGGAGAUGUCCUUUAUGAGAUCCACCUCCGUGGCCAGGCCCGGGGGCUCCUCGGGCCCCUCGCAGCCGCGGCCGUCGGCGGAGGAGCGGCGAGCCUCCAGCAAGGCGCCCUCCACGAGCUCGUGGCAGCCCUGGACGCCGGUGCCGCAGGCCGAGGGGCAGCGGCCGGCGCUGGGGGGGCUGCCGGCCCCGCUCAGGGACUCGGUGUUCGUGCCGGCGCUCACGGAGCGCCAGGGCAGGGCCGCGCCCGGCGCGCGCCUGCGGCACCGCUCCGAGCCGCAGCACCUCAGGGAGAAGCCCUUCGCCUUCGACCUGGACGAUGAAAGUAUCCGGACCUCCGACGUCUGAGCGGGCACCGAGCCACCCCCGGCUCCACACGCCGUCUCCCGGGAUCCCUGCGGGGCGGUUUGGGGUACGCGAGGUGGUCCCUUCCCUCCACCACAGCCCUUCCCGGCCACGCAGGAUCCGUCUGCGCCCACAGCCUGGUGCCCUGCUCUGCAGGGCGCGGGGUCCCUGGCUGCUCCUGCCCAGGCUUGGCCCCGGCUGUUCCGUGUCUUGGAAGCUGCUUGCGGGCACUGCCGGCGCUCACUGUGCAGGGCAGGAGGUGCUGGGGACCUGUAUGAGGGGACAUCUUCUGCAGUUGCGUCGUUUCCCCCACCAGCCAGGUCUGGAGGAAGUGGCAGGAGGUCUUGAAGGCGUGAGGGGGAGUGUGGCCUUUCUUGUGUUUGUAAAAUGUUUCUGUCCCCUUUGCUGCUGCUCAGAUUCCCCAGGGCAGAGCUGGGAGCCACCAGCCUGCAGCUGCCCACACAGAGGACUCACUGCAGCUUCCCCUUAUGGGACUUAUUUCCUCAGAGCCCGGAUCUUCCCACUGCCCACACAAGGGUUUAUCAGCAAUCUGCUGGCUUUUAAUUAUGUCUUUUUAUACCUGUGGCUCCUGUUGAACCCCAGCCUGGGCAGGUGCUCAACCCCUCCAAAGGCUUUUGGUACUUCCUGAGCAUGAGCCAGGGCAGGCAGCCGGAGCGACAGUGGCUCCCAGGUGGGGGCACCCUCAGGUGUGAUGUUGGUUUUGCACUGCGCACACCUGGGCACAGGUAGCUGUGCCUGAUGGUGAAGGGCUUUUAGUAAAAAGCAAUGAAUAGCAGCCCUGAUGGAGCUGGGCAGACUUGUCCGGCCAACUCACCACUGCCUGCCCAAGAUGGAAACCAGCAGGACUUUCUAGAGCAAUGUGAAUCGUCAUUUCCAUAACCAAAUGAGCUCCUGUAGGUGUGAUAAGUAGUGUGCAGAAAAUCCAGGUGUUCCCUCGGAGAUCGUCCGAUACCUUCACCCCGCAAGUGUGUGCAAUCCCCGCGUGCCGGGCGAGAACUCGGCUCCCCUUUCACUUCCCUGGCUGUGACACGUCCUCUGCUCUGCAAGCGCAGCCCAGUGUGUUCCCCGGGAGCAGAACAUCUGGUUUGUCCCAGCCCUUUUGGGGCCUCCAGCUGUUUGGCAGCUGCGCCUCAGCCUGAGCCUUGAGUAGCCCGACUGAGCUUAACUUGGUGCCAGUUGUUCCUUCCUGCCUCAGUCCCCGUGGGAGCCGUGGGGCUGCUGCAGGAUGGGCACAGUACGGUUCCUCUGUGCCACUGGGGGAGGCAGGAAUGGGGUCCCCCAAGUUCAGGGGGAAGAGGGUCUCAAAGGGGAUUGUGUGGAGGUGCUGGAGGACACAGAGACCAUGAAAAUGAGUGGGAACCGAUGCAAAUGGUACAGGGCGAGUGUUAAUAUUAUUUAAUUGUAGCUACCUAGAUCCUGCUGUUCCUUUUUCUGCUCCUUUUUGCUUUAUUUGCACUAGAGUUUGAAACUUUCAUUUUUUUAGGCUGACUUACUGUUUGGCUCCUAACACUGUUUCAAGAAUGUUUUAGUAGUUUGGUAAGCCCAUCCAUCAGAGACCCGCAGCGUUGUGAUGUCAGUUUUGGAGAGCAGGGAAUGCAGAGAGAUGAUGGUUCUUUUGUGCAAGGCCUUGGAACCACAGACUCCUGAGUAUUCCUGGUGCUUGAUAAUUGCAGUUUCCUCAGGCCUGGGAAGGUAAAGCAGAGGCUUGUUGCACAAUUAAGGUAAUUAUCCAGGAGCAGAAACUACCAGUGGCUCCAGCACUAUUGCAACAUUCCUCUUGCUCGUUCCCACCCUCCCGCAUCCCCAGGACAGCACAGAGGCUGAAGAUGAGGUUCAAACGAGUGUGGAGCUCAACUGGGCUCCAGAGCUGUCCACAACACAGGUGGUGUCGGGAGGGAGGGAUUUCCCUCCCGUUCCAGAGGGCUGGGUGGCUGCAGCCACACCUUGAUGGAGCUUUGUGGUUAUUUCAAAGCAAACUGGCUUCCCCUCAGCUCUGCAUUGGCUCCUGGCUCAGGCGUGGAUGGACGCAUCCCCCUGGAGCUGCUCCCUCCUGAACUGUGUGCUGUGGGGCUUUGCUGGGGGUGCCUGGUGGGGUAGAGUGGUGGGAGAGAGGGGUUUGCUAUUCCCACGUGCUUCCAGGUGUUUCUGGAAGUCUGGCUGGGGAUUCCAAGUGCUCUUAGGGCUUCCCCUGGCGCGGGCAGUGCUCCGUGACUCCCGGGGUGGGGCUGCCUGCCUCCCACCCCUCGCCUGUACAUGCUGCAAUGCCCUUUCUCCCCGGUGUUUUUAAAUAAAGAAGGAAAUCCCAAUUACUUUC